CUCCUCGGCUUAAUUUACGUUCUUAAGAUCACAUACCGGCCCAAUAAGGUGAGCUACGGCCCAAUAAGGGCCCCCAUAUCCGGUCCAAGUGAAAUCACAGAGAAUAUAAAAUUGAGGAUCUUGAGGUGAGGGCCCCUCUUCCAUAUUUGUAGGGUUCUUGGAGAGGAUAAGGUGCGGUGGGGCUAUUCCUACUUUUCUAGGGUUUGGUUCUUUUCUCCUUCUCCCUUUUUUCCCCAAGAAAUAAAAUGUAUUUAUGACUUUAAUUUUCGUGUUUAGCAGUCAAAUCUGUGAAAAAAGGGUUCAGUAAUUUUCCCUGAGAAAAAAAAAAAUCAUUAAAAUUUUUUGGAGCUUUCAACAAAUUUUCCAGAAAAUCUUGUGGAAGUUCAUCCUCUCCUGCGAUUACUGUUGCAGAUUAUUCGUGGGUCCUCUUCAAGUUUACGUUCUAAAGCUCAUCCUCUUCAAGUUUUCUUUUUCAAGAAACCGUAGAGCUUUUGGUUAUGGAGUCGAAUCAGGAAGGCAAAGCGAUACGAGAGAUUGACGAAAAUGUCGUCCUAACCGACGCCGUCAACGUCAACAAUAAAGGAUCCCCAGUAAACCGGACCCACCCGGAAUCUGACCCGGUUCUGCCCAUGAAGCAGGAGACCACGAUGGACCGUUCCCUCUCCGUCGCCAUCCUUAGCCGCCGUAGCGCCGCGAAGAAGCCGGCGAAGGACCGCCACACGAAGGUCGAGGGUCGUGGUCGGAGAAUACGAAUGCCCGCCGCCUGCGCCGCUCGGAUCUUCCAGCUGACCCGAGAGCUUGGCCACAAGUCCGACGGUGAGACUAUACGGUGGCUCCUCGAGCGGGCCGAACCCGCCAUCAUCGAAGCAACCGGGACCGGAACCAUCCCGGCGAUCGCCGUUUCCGUAAACGGAACCCUAAAAAUCCCGACGGUGUAUCCGGAAAAACUGGAGAAUGCCGGCGCCGACGAUGAAGAAGCGGCGAGGAAACGGAGGAAGAGGAACUGUAACAGCGAGUUCAUCGACGUGAGUGAACAGAGUGUGGGCAGUUCCGUGACUUCGGGACUGGCGCCGAUAACGGCGUCAACUUACGGCGUCAACGUCAAUGUGAACGUCAAUACGCAGAACCUGGUGCCGUUUUGGCCAAUGGGCCCAGCUACUGCUGCGUUGGUAGCUAAUGGGCCGAACCACUCAGCCCAUCUGUGGCCUAUACCUCCGUUUCUGAACGUGGCGGCGAGGUCCAUCUCGGCANUCGCACCCGAGGGAUCGGCGGUGGGUUCGUCCAAUGGGACGGUGACACGUGGCGGCGGCUUUUCAUUGGAGAUUUUGGAAAAGAAGGAGCUUCAGUUCUUGGGUGGGUCCGGGAACAAUAGGCCGUCGAGUUGCCCGAAGACUUAGGAGGAAGACUUUAGAUCGAGUUUAUGUAACUCUGGUUUAAUUUGGUCUAAAUUCUGAUGGUGUGGAGUUGGUGAAAUAAACAAUUUAUUUUAUUUUAUUUUU